AUGAGCAGCGAUACAUACGUCAAUCGCAUUCUUGCCCACAAUCCGGGUCUGACACUCGCCAAUGUCACCUUCUGGCCUGAUCUGACCGGCUGUACCGAUACGAGUCUGAUACCCUCGGACUAUCUGGAUGGCGCGCCGAUCUACCAUUCUGCCACUGGCAAAUGCUACCAGUUUAAUAACGACGGCUCGAUUGCCUACUAUGCACAGUAUGGUUACAAUCCUGCACUCGCGACCGGCGUCGUCUUUGCCGUCAUCUUCGGUCUCCUGACUGUUCUUCACUUUGGGCUCGCUGCCAAGUCGCGACGCUGGUGGCUCUUUGUCGUCGGCGUUGGCGGUAUAACCGAACUCAUCGGAUGGGUCGGCCGUGCGCUGUCGGGCACUGACAAUACUGCGAGCGUCAACGCCUCGAACUACUUUCUCGUUCAGAUUGUCUGUCUCACUAUCGCGCCUGUCUUCUUCAGUGCGGCAUGCUACGCUACACUUGUCAUCAUCGUCGCUCAUCUAUCCCAAUUCGGAGACACGCACUCACGCUUCUCGCCCAGGCGGCUGACCUGGUUCUUCGUCACGACUGACAUUAUCUCGCUCGUCAUGCAAGCUGCCGGCGGCGGCAUCACGUCUGGCGCAAAUUCAAUCUCUACGCAAACUACGGGCACGCACAUCUUCCUGGCCGGUAUCGCCUUUCAGCUAGUCUGCAUGGUCAUCUUCUCCGGCCUAUACGCGGAAUUCUUCUACAAAUACACUCGCGACCACAAGCUGCCACGGAAAAUUGCCUACUUGGGCAGCGGUGUCGGUCUUGCUUCCUUGCUCAUCAUCAUACGUGGCAUUUACCGGACCAUCGAGCUCGCACAAGGCUGGAAUGGCUAUCUCAUCACGCGGGAACGGUACUUCCUCGGCCUCGAUGCAGCCAUGAUGGUGCUCUGUAUGACCGUCCUUGCCGUCUCGCAUCCUGUCUUCACUUUGCCAAAGGAGCCCGGGACGACGCCGGGUGCCUCGGAUACGAUCAACAGUACAAGCUCGCAGAGCAGCUUCGAUAGAUCUCAACCCAAAAUGGAAGAGAUCAAUACUGCCUAG